UGGCCGUUUUUAUUCUUCGUUCUUCUCUUUCUGAAACUCCGUUUCUCAGGUCUCUCCAACUCUAAGAAGAUACAGUGUUGGAUCACAACCAAUGAGUUUGAGCUUAAAAGGGCUAAUAACUCUAAGAAGAUACAGUGUCAAGGAUAUAUGUGCCACCCAGAACUUCAAAAGCAGGAUCAGGGAUCACUACAAGUCCAACAUCAGUGCAUAUGUCUCUUGAUCUACUCAGAUGAUCAAGGAAUCAGGGUUUGAAUUAUCUGAUUUGACUAUCGAAAAUGUGUGUGAUCCAGUUCAUAUCUCUGUUUGUCAUCCCUCUGAAAAUUGCAUGAAUUGAUGAUUUCUGAUCUGAUAUCGAGUGAAGAUCCCAAACUUCUAUUGAAGCACUAUAUUAUUAGGGCAAGCUCGACUCGAUCAACUGACGGAUAUGGAAAUGAGGCCUUAAAUUAUAGGAUGUGUUGUGCCUGCAGGCUGUGGAUAGUUUUCGUGUGUACAAGGUAAAGAGAAUGUAUUCAUGGUUUUCAGAUUCGUCACAGCAAGUUUUUCUUUUUUUUUUUGGUGUCAGUACGUGUCAGGGGUAGGCAUAUUAAUGCUGCAGAUACGGCUCUAGACUCAGUAGCUUAAUUUUAGGAACAAAAUAUUAUUGGAUUACUGGGUUUUAUUAGGUUAUUAUUGUUAUAACAGCUGUCAAUAUAAAUCUAUACCUAACUUAGGUAGCUUAAUUUUAGGAACAAAAUAUUAGUUUUCAAUGUUAGGAAACUAGCUUAAUUUUAGGAACGAAAUAUUAGUUCCAAAUCUUUCUACCGAUCUUCCUCAAGGCCAUCCACUUUUUCUCUUUAUAUAGUAUAUAUGCAUUUAUUUUGUUAAGUUUGCUACCUUAUAUUAUUUAUGGUAAACUACUUAUCAGUUAUCAGAAUUGUGUAUACUGUGGCCCCCUUAUUCUAAUUUCUGAAGUUGACGUACACUGGGGUUCAGUUCCAACAGUAGACGAACAAAAGCUCAUCUGUUUCAGCUUCAUAAGACAUUGGACUGAAUACUUCUGGGACUAGUAAGCUUUUGACACUCAAAUGGCGACUCAGAAGAGUUUUGAAGAAGAACAUGGUGAACUCAUGGUAACAACUUGCUCGUUAUUUCGGUUUUAUAAGAAGUUAGGAAUUUCGUUACCCAAAACUAUUGAUAUUACUUCUGGUACAAGUUCUGAACAUCAAAUGGGGGUAAAGAAGAGUUUUGCAGAGGAACUUGUUCAAUGCCUAGUAACAGCUUGCCUAUCUUCUUUUAUUCGUUACCAAUUGGGAGUUUUCUGGACCAAAACUAAUCUCUGUUGCACGAGUUUUGAAGCUAAUUUAUUGUCGAGUUUUGAAGCUAAGUUAUUGUUGAACAAGAGUUUCGAAGAACACAAAGAUUAUUGUAGGGUCCUGUUAUCCAAAGCUACUGCUUUUCCAGGGCAUAAAGAUCGAAUGGGGUUGAAGAAUUUUCUCAAUGAUGGGCAUGAAGAGCACAUAGUAAAAGCUUGCUCAUUGUUUCCGAUUGACAGGGAUUUUGCGAGUUUGUUACCCGGGACUACUGUAGCUUACAGAUUCAAGGAUCAAGUAAGAUUGAAGAAAAGUUUUGGAGAAUUUGAAGAACGCGUUGUGCAACUGACACAAAGCUUGCCAUACGAAAUUCUGGUAUCUGAGAUUUUAACAAGAGUGUCCAUUGGUACUCUUCUACGUCAAUGUCAAUGGGUCUGCAGAGAUUGGCAUAAGCUCAUUCAUGAAAGCAACUUCCAGCUCAUCCACUCUCAAAGGACAAGAAUUGAAUCAGGUUGCUUCGUUUUCAUUCAACAUAAAAGUCGGAGCAUAGCUGAUUCCGUUGUAUUCGUCCCAUUGAACCAUGAUCUUUCUAGUCCCUCACUGAUUCCAUCUCCUAUCAGAUUUCUGCCAUCACACGUUAAGAUUUUAGGUUCCUCUCCGUGUGGUUCCCUGCUUUGUUUUGUUACUGUCGACAAAUUACAUACAAGUCAGAGUAUUCCUAUUUUCUACAUAUGUAAACCAGCAACUCGUGAAUGGAGAAAGAUACCAAACCCUAGAACCAGAUUUGGAACUUUGGGAAUGAGAAUAGUAGUGACACAAACUUACCCUAAGUUGCAAUACAAGAUAGUUCGUUUGUCAAAACCGAGAGGUGAAUUGGGUUACCAUUGCGAGAUAUUUGAUUCGAACACUUGGGUUUGGAAGAGAUUGGCGGAUGUGGAUCCUCUUUGUGGUUUUGGUGAUGUAUUUGGUGGUGUUUAUAUGAAUGAGUGUUUACAUUGGAUCAGUAAUAAGCUUCAAAUCCAUGUUUUAUCCAUAGAACAUGAGACAUGGGCUACAACUAUCCAACUUCCUCCUGAUAUCAUUGAAAGCGAAUUAUAUAUUGGGUAUUUGUUAGUUUUAAUCGACGGAAAGAUGGGAGUAAUGAUCAGUAACAUGGAGUAUAUGGAACUAUGGGUGUUGCGAAAUUACUUCAGUCCUACUCUUAAUAAUUGGAAGAGGGAGUACCGCAGGGACUUGAGACCACUCCAUCGCGAAGUUGGGCCAUGUGAUCCAAGUGCUGUGUUGCCGAAUGGCAUCAUAAUACUGAUUAAAGGGAGGCCGAACUGCUGUGGUAUAUCGUACAACACCAAGGAUGAUACUUACACCAUUUUACACUUUCCAGAAUCGGCGUCAGGGGCUGAAGUUUUUCCAUUCGAAUCAAGAUUUUGUUACAUAUAGUUUCAGCUCAUGUGGUCGUUGAUGAUUAUUUAUAUUUUCAUUAUUCUCCUCAUAUGUUUUCA